AUGACUACUAACAACAGCGAUGGGAGUAACCCAAGUUUAUUCGAGACGUUCAGCAAUAAAUUGAAUACCGUUCGAUCUAAUCGUUCAUUGGUUGCUGCAAAUCAACAACUUCGAGUUCAACUUGCAUUCACUAAAGCAGAAAUCAAUCGACUGCAAAAUGAAAUCGUUGAUUUGCAAAAACGAAUUACUGGACUUGAAUCAACAAGUGACGAAGAGCGUAUCGAAAUGAUUGUGAGGAAGCGGUUACAGCAAAGAGUACAGCACUUGAAAUCUAUCGCUAGCCGUACAGUGCAGUAUAUGGAAAAAACAAAAACAGAUUUUGAUCACGCAGCAAGUCGCCUCGAUCACGCUCAUUUGUCAAGUAAUUUCGAUGACGGCGCCACUUAUGUAGGCGAAUGCAGUCAAACUGCUACAGUGCCAUUAUCGUGCGGAACAGGAAACGAAAUCGUUGGAUGUCGUGUGCAGCGGCCAUCUACUCUUGAAGUUGUGGAAGAGGAUGUUUACGGUGAAAUGGAUGAAAAUGAUGUCAUUUCCGAUAAAGAUCUGAUCAUGCCUAUAACCGGCGAUAGGUUUAAACGAUCGCCAGAUGGUCACACAUCUAGUCGUAAUAGUCGACGGGAAACUUUUUUUGUCAAAAAGGAAUCUCAUGAAUCUGAAAACGAUGUCGAAACUUCCUUUGUUGAAGUAUCUGGAACGGAUCAGAUGGUUUCUUCUUUCUUAACUCAGAACCAUGAAGAUCCACCAGCUGUUUUGACGGAACUUAUAGCGCCUACUACGACCUCUCUACCUAAAACUCCCACUGUAUUCUCCAAGCUUGAAACAACAACUACCAGGUCUAGAUCUAGAUCCUUUAAAGCGAAAACGCCGCAUGAUGAAAAUACUCCAGCGAAAAAUAGCCAAAUCAUGAAACCUGGAAUUGUUACUCAUAGCAGAAAGAAGAGGAAAAUUUCAAUUAACGGAACUCCGAAAAGAUGUAAAAAAAGUUCGGAAAAUAAUACAAAAGCUAUGAAAGAAAUCAACAAAGUAUUGAUAACACCAACGUCUACAUCUACUGGCAUUCUGAGCGUGGCAAAUUUAAAUCAAGAUGUCAGAUGCAAGCGUGUUGCUGCGGCGAAGAUAUCAUCUUUCAAGGAGCCAAAUUUAGUAUCUAAAAUGCGAAAUACAAAUGUUAACUGA